AUGCUCCUCCCAGCCAAGUUCCGCCUCACGCACCCGGACGGCACCACGACCAUCCGCCGCGCCACCCUCGACUCGCGCACGACCUACCCCGCCCUCGUCAGCCUCGUGCGCGACCGCUUCCAGCUCGUGCCCGCCCACCAGGUCGAGCUCCUGUACAAGGACGACGACGGUGACGACAUCACUUUUACGACCGACGUCGAGCUGCGCGAGUACCUCGACACGGCUACGACGGGCAGCUUCGUCCUUCGCCUCCACACGCACAAGCCCGACGCCGCAACCUCGACGACGACUUACCACGACGACACGGCCGACGUCGAGGACUGGGAGUUCGAGGACGGCGAGGGGGCCCUCGCGUCCGACGGCCACCACGACUCGGCUCCAACGCCUGCCCUCAUCGAUACAGUGGCCGCCGACGCCGCCGACGCCGCCGACCCGGACGAGACGCCUCUCACGCCUGCUCCCGCCUCGGCCACCAUCGCUCAGCGCACCCAGGCCCUCAUCGACGCCGAGUUCCCGACCUCGUCGUCGGCCGCAGCCGCCGACCCGAUCGACGAGCCGCUCCCGCAGGCGCACGCCGACGGCCCUACCCCCGACAUGCCCUUCACCAACCUCCCGGCCUCGCUCGCGUCGCUCCUGUCGGGCCUCCCCUCGCACGCCGGCGCCCUCGGCACGCACGUCUCGACCCUUCUCGCGUCGCCGCAGAGCGCCCUCGGCCGCCUGUCGGUCCUCGCGUCCGACCCCAUGGGCGCCGGCGUCUCGUCGCUCGACCUGUCCGACCUCGGCCGCUCGGUCGCCCAGCUGAGCGCCCACCUGUCGGACGCGGCGCGCGAGGUCGUCGAGGGCGUCCGCAAGGAGGCCGACUCGGUGCGCACCGAGUUUGAGCAGCUGCGCGCCGAGGUCGCGCGCGAGAAGAGCCGGUUCGAGGACGAGGUCCGCCACGCCAUGGAGCAGGCCAAGCAGACGCCGUCGCCCUUUGCGCCGCGCCCGGCGGCGGCGGCGGCGGCGGCGAGCUCGCGCGAGACGACGACCGACGAGUACGAGAUGGGUCCGACGACGAGCGGGCAGCAGCAGGAGCAGGACGAGGACGUCGAGUCGUCGGACGAGGGCGAGCCCGAGGAGCCCUACGCUCAGCGCGCGGCCUCGUCCCCUGCGGCGCGCGCUCCGCCGACGCCCGCCGAGCGCCUCGCCAAGGAGCAGCGCCGCAAGGCGCGCGAGCAGCGCCGGCAGGACAAGGAGCGUCGUCGCGAGGCGCGCAAGGCCGACAAGGCGGCGACGCGCAACGCGGCCAAGGCGGGCUUCGUCACGGCGCACGAGCUCCUGCGCAACCAGGAGCAGGCGCAGGCGGGCGGCAUGGCGUCGUCGCCUCUCGAGGCCGACGGCGGCUCGAGCCGCAUGCCCGGCUCGCUCCCGGGCUCGCACCAGGCGCCCUCGCCGCCCUCGACGUCGUCGCCGCCGUCACCGCGCUUCGUCCCGGCGUCGCAGCUCCUGUCGUCGGCUCCUCCCGGCGCGUGGACCGCCCCGACCGUGCAGCACGCCGACGACGGCCGCCCGGUCCUCCUCACCAACCUCCUCCUCGCGUGCGAGGAGCUCGGCAUGGACGUCCAGGGCCACCCGCAGCUGCGCACCCUCCUCACCGACAUCUGGUGCGACUCGAACGGCCGCGGCCUGUCGCGCAUGAUCGAGCGCGCGCUCGACGAGCUCGCCGACCGCGACUAGAGUCGGGCGGUCCGGUCCCCCUCCUCCUCGCCUC